GUCAGUUAAGUGAAAAUCUUAGGACGAUGUACUCAAAUUAUAGUUUGUAAGAGCUGGACAGAUCUAGAUCUAGUGAUAAAAUAGUUUAUAGAGAAACAGUUUGGCUGUUUUUGGCUGAAUUCAGUAUUUAGACAGUUAACAAAAAAAUGGCGACCUCCACAACUGCAGCAGUCAACACAGACUAUUCUUAUUAUAGAACUCCCCUUGCAUCGCGGUAUGCUAGUCAUGAAAUGAAAACGAAUUUUGGGGAUCAAAAGAAAUUCUCAACAUGGAGAAAGUUAUGGCUUUACCUGGCUAAAGCUGAGAAGGAACUAGGGUUAGCCAUAACAGAGGAGCAGAUAGAAGAGAUGGAGAAAAACAUAGACAACAUAGACUUCCAGCUGGCAGCAAGGGAGGAGAAGAAAUACAGGCAUGAUGUGAUGGCACAUGUCCAUACAUUUGGUGCCUUGUGCCCUAAAGCAGCCCCCAUAAUCCAUCUUGGUGCUACCUCGUGUUAUGUUGGAGACAACACUGACUUGAUAGUACUAAGAGAUGGACUUGAAAUUCUUAAGCCUAAGUUGGCUUCUUGCAUAGACCAGCUUACCAAAUUUGCACUAGAACACAAGAGUCUUCCAUGCCUCUCCUAUACUCAUCUUCAGGCAGCACAGGUCUCAACGGUCGGCAAGCGUGCCUGUAUUUGGGCACAAGAGCUGCUCAUGGAUUUGAUAAACUUUGAGAAAAUCACUAGUGAGCUCAGGUUUCGGGGGGUGAAGGGAACCACAGGCACCCAGGCCAGUUUCCUCACGUUGUUUGAAGGUGAUGGAAGCAAAGUUGAAAAACUGGACGACAUUGUAACAGAGAUGGCUGGUUUUAAAAGCCAUUUCAUUAUUUGUGGCCAGACUUACCCAAGAAAAAUUGAUGUUGCAAUCCUGUCAGCUUUUGCCAGCUUUGGGGCAUCUGUCCACAAGAUCUGCACAGAUAUUAGGCUUCUGGCCAGUUUUAAAGAACUGGAAGAGCCCUUUGAGGCUGAGCAAAUUGGUUCUAGUGCCAUGCCUUACAAGAGAAAUCCGAUGAGAAGUGAACGAUGUUGUUCUCUAGCACGGCUGCUAAUUAGUCUUGUUCAAAACCCUCUACAAACAGCAUCAGUCCAAUGGAUGGAGAGGACAUUAGACGACAGUGCCAAUCGGCGAAUAGUUUUACCUGAGGCUUAUCUGGCUGCAGAUGCAAUCAUCAACACACUUCAGAAUAUUUUUGAAGGAAUUGUUAUUUACCCAAAGGUAAUAACAAAAAGAUUAAAUGAUGAGCUGCCAUUUAUGGCCACAGAAAACAUCAUCAUGGCCAUGGUGAAAACAGCAGGUGGUAAUCGGCAGGAAUGCCAUGAAAGAUUGAGAAUUUUGGCAAUAGAAAGUGCUACAGCAAUGAAGACUGAAGGUGUGCCAUGUGAUUUGUUAGAUCGCAUUAAAGAGGAUAAAUAUUUUGGAGCAAUAAUAGACAAACUAGAGAGUUGUCUGGAUCCUGCAUCUUUCUAUGGUUUAUCAGUUAGACAGGUGGAGAGAUUUGUCGAUGAAGAAAUUUUGCCUGUUCUCCAAAAGUAUAAAGGAAAUAUUACAAAAUCUACACAGCUGGAGAUUUGAGUGACCUGGAUGGUUUAUUUGGUGCAUGUCAUGGACUCCAUGAACAUUCCAC